UGCAGACUGCAGAGUUAGGUUUUCCCACGCACCGUACGCCACCCACCUCUCCUCUCUUCCGAGGAUCCCAACUUUCCUCUUCCUUCCUUCCUUUCUUCCCCUUUCUUCUUUUUCCUUCUUCCAGUGCCUCUUCUCCCUUCCACCCGCCGCCGGUGACACCCUCCUUCCCCUGAGCAUCCCGUGGCCGGAGCGUGCUAAGUUUCCUUACCUUUUGACUUAUUUAAUCGAAGGCAGUGGUGGGUUGAUCAAAGGUAACAGAAGGAAACAAAAUGCCUCUGGGAUUGAUAAUAGGACUGACUAGGGCAAUGCGGAGAAAGAGAACUUCAUCACUGAGUAUAUUAUCUUCUAAAAGAGGGCCAAGAGACUACUACAAGGGAAAGAACUGCAAGCCCACUGGUUUUCACACUCGGAAAGGUGGUUAUGUUAUGAUGGAUGAGAAGAUGCCGCGUUAUGUAGUUCCAGAUUUGACGGAUUUUAAGCUCAAGCCAUAUGUAUCACAAUGCCCUCGAGUUGCAAAUGUCGGCUCAACCACAGCAGAGUCUUCCGGUACAGCCAAAGUAAAUGUAGGUUAAGAUUUUGGCUCCCACUGUGUUGCUUCGUCAUUGCCACGCCAAAACAAGUGUAGUAAAGACGUAGAACACUAAUUUCUCCGCUCAGUGACUGCUUGUUGCAUUUUUGCCUUUGCAUCAUCCUGGACCUAUUUUUAUUUGCCUGCCGUCAACAAAGAUUACUGGCUAUGGAAUUAGGUAUGGUUCGUUGUUGUCAAUGUACGAGGAACUAUUAAAUUACAAUUUAUUUUUCAGCUCUAA